CACAGUAUGGAGCCCGGUAAUUGUGACAGAGUGGCACCUCGUUCUUUCUACCCUUUCUUCGCUCCAAACUACACCCGAUUAUAUUUAGACCACAUCAUGAAGUGCAUCGCCCGCACGGACUUGGCACAAGAGCUGCAUGCAUAAUACAGGCCACACUAAACAACGAUGUUAUUCAGAUUCGGUGUGAUUCUCACUCCGGAGUCUUCAGAUGAAGAGGUCUUUGUUUUGGGCUCCCGUGAGGAAAUGGGCCACUGGGACCCGAGCAGAGCGGUGCCGAUGAAAGCCACACAGAAGCUGCUGUCAACUCACGAACCGAGCCUGUGGAUCGGCGACGUGCAGCUGGCAGAGCCCUAUAAAGACCCGCUGUGGUUCAAAUUCAUCAAAAGAGUCAGGGGCACCUGUAUCUGGGAAGGUAGCGGCCCGAGCCAUGACAGAUGCUGCUCAUAUGAUGAGAGGAACAUGGUGGAUGGAGUGUACUGUCACCCGAUUGGCCACUGGAUAGAGGAAGCAGGACACACAGAUGAGAUGAAGCACACGACCAACUUUUACUUCAGUGUGGCAGGUCAGAAGGCCAUACAUUUCUCCAGGAUUCUGCCACGGGUUUGGCUGGGCAGCUGCCCUCGACAGGUAGAACAUGUGACGAUCAAGAUGAAGCAUGAAUUGGGCAUUACUGCAGUGAUGAACUUCCAGACAGAGUGGGAUCUGGUGAACAACUCCUAUGGCUGCAGGAGGAAUCCCGGGGAAGCCAUGACCCCGGAGACCAUGAUGUAUUUGUACAAAGACUGUGGCCUGGUGUAUGUGUGGAUACCCACGCCUGACAUGAGCACUGAGGGCCGUGUCAAGAUGCUUCCCCAGGCUGUAUACUUGCUCCAUGGCCUUUUAGAGAAUGGUCACAAUGUGUAUGUUCACUGCAACGCUGGAGUAGGCAGGUCAACGGCGGCCGUGUGUGGCCUGCUCAUGUACGUCCUCGGCUGGAGCAUGAGGAAAGUGCAGUACUUUGUUGCAGCCAAGAGGGCAGCGGCGUACAUAGAUGAGGAAGCUUUAGUCCAAGCCCAGGCAGAUUUCAUCAAGAAGUUCGGACAACUGCGAUCAUCUAUCUCUUACCCAGAGACAUAAGACUUGAGUGUGAUUGUACUAAGGAACGCAAAUUUGAUGCAGAAUUUGCAGCUAUGGAGGGCUCUACUGGGCUGGACUGAAAAAUAAACACUGUACCGUCAACAUGGAAGGUGUGAGAGGGUGAAAUAACCUGUAACAAGAAAAUAAACUUCUGUCUACUUAAGUCUGUCAGUCUACUAUGACGCCAACAACGGAGACCAGAAAGGGAGAACGGGAAAAUAAAAAGGAAAGAAGAAGAGAGGAAAUAUACAUAGAGAAAACUAACAAAGCCUCAGGUUUCCUUAGAAACAAAAUAUAUAAACAUUAAUGUAAGAUGUAAUGUCAGUAUUCAAAUAGUCGGGAUCUGGUGAACAUGUUUUCUUUUAGCCAUUUUUUUGUAAUAUUGAUAAACAGAAUUGGCAUUAUGAAAAGGCAACCUUGAUGGUUGAGUGAGAGGCACACAGAAAGAAAGCGAACGUAAUAAAACCAUCCAACACUG